AUCAUUAUCUAGUAUCUUCAGAUGUCCUUAACACAAAUGGUAACGUUAGCACUUCAAUGAUAGUUUGCAUGGAUAUUGGGGGCCCGUGAAGUGGAAUAUAAUCUGUCCUUUCUUACCGAGCAGAAUAACUCCGUUCACAUUUCUAGUGCUGGAAAAUAGUGUCUCCUUUUCUGUGAAAUGUUUCAAACAAUGCCGGCGUCCACGUGUAUGUUGUUUGCAUUCCACAGACUUCCGGUAAAGUUUUGUAACAUCGCCAUUGAACAAUUACAUCAUUCAGGUACAUAACGCUUACUAAUGGGAACCAGUCCCUGCUAGCUGCCGCAUGACAUUGACGUGACAAUUUUAUGUAAGGCUCCGUCCGACCUUCAUGGGUAAGCUACCGAUUUUGUAAGUUAUCUUAGCUAAAUAAAGAAUUGAGCAAACUUGAGCUUGUUACAAAUCAGCUCAGUCAUAUUUACCGCUUUGGCUACGAGUCAUCAAUAUAUUCACUAUGGACAGAAGGCUAACUUUAUUCCAUAUUACGAUUUGCUGUUGACGUUUGGUAAAUUAAAUAACACUGGGCAUAAUUGUAAAAGUUAUACGUUGUGACUCUGUACGAAGCAGUGUGUUACUGUGUUUUAUAGGGAUAAGCAUCUUUAACUGGUAAUGUAACAGUGCUGUAUCGAAACAGCGAAUUCUUGACUGCGAUGAAUCCGAUGCAGCGGUUAAGAGGCGAGGCGCUCUGGGGAAUGUGCGCCGCUGAUGCCAUGUCCAUGCCGGUCCAUUGGUACUACAGUGUGCGAGACAUCAAGAAAGAUUUCGACGGCUGGAUAACUUGUUUCAACCAGCCCAAAGAUAAACACCCUACGAGCAUCCUCACUCUCUCCAACGCAGCUGGAAGUGGGCGCAAUGGCUGGUCAAAAGGCAGCAAACCUCCAGUGGUUGGUAACAUCAUCCUCCAUGACAAGAUGAAAUACUGGACGACACCUGGAGGCAAUGUCCACUAUCAUCAAGGUCUGAAGGCAGGACAGAACACUCUGAAUACUCUGUGUGCCCUUGGUGUGGGGAGGAGUCUCACCUCGGGGAGAUUUAGCAGCAUGACCGAACCGCUAGCACAAGCUGCGGUCCUCGCUGACUAUGUGAAGUUUAUGACUACACCUGGUAGCCAUGACGACACCUAUGCAGAGUCAUUCCACAGGUCUUUCUUCUCUGAUUGGCAGGAGUCACGACCAACUUCACCAAGCAAGGUCCUUGAGUUUGCAGAAAAGCGAUAUAAGCAGAAGAUGAAUGCACAUCCCCCUGAUAGCCAGUUGGAUUCUAUCGGGUGCCUUCCAAUGACCAUCCCUUUCAUCCUGUUAUCAGCUUCAGACGAUGAAGAGAAAGCUGUGACUGCAUCACUUCAGUUCGUGCGGCUCACUCACCCACACCCAAGACUGGAGACAUUUGUGGCACUUUAUGCACGAGCACUGCAUGCUACACUGAACGGAGCAUGUCUGAAGCAGCAGGCCGAGGCGGCACUGAAAUCUCCCAUACUGGAUGUCUGGGAUGUCUGCCAGAGCUUCAUGCGCAGGGCAGCCAGGUUCCCUGUGGGUUCCGAGGAGAGAUUGAAGGUACAUCAGAGUGCUAUAGAGAUGCUUGGCCUUGCCUGCUACACUAAAGGUGCCCUGUGCAGUUUGUUUUACCUGGCCCAUGAGUUUCAUAGUGAUCUCCAUGGAGGGAUCUUGGCAAACACUAACUGUGGAGGAGAGAACUGUAACAGGGGGGCAGCGCUCGGUGCUCUGCUGGGCUCUCAGGCAGGCCACUUGGGGAAAUGUGUCCGUCAGGAGUGGAAAGAUGGCCUUCAAAAUGCUAAAGAACACAUUCCAGACAUACUUCAGAACCUAUUGUAACAUUAUUUGUCUCCGACUCCCAUGAUUGUCUUUCACUCGCACAAAUGAGUGUUUUGAGCCACCCUUAACUUGCGAGAGCCUGUAUCUUCACCUUCUGUUCCCAAUUGCUGCUCAUGAUUUAGGAUAUUAUGCCAUGGACCAUCAUAUCCUUACCAGUUAUGUACUGUGCCUGUGCAAUGCUUUUGUAUCAGUAAAUCUGCCUCAGUUGAAAGGUAUUGCUUGAGAA